CACUGAGGCCAUUAACAUUAAUUUAUUCUAAUCCCAUUAAAUUAUUCUUCAUUCCUUUCCCAUUAAUUAUUAUAAGAUUAAUAAAGUUCCUCCUCCUUACUGUUCUUGUUUUAGUUUUCUUUAUUUAUAAACAAACAAUUUAAGUCAAGUAAUUUUAUUGAUACAAAACUAAGUUACUUGACUUUACUACAUAAUUUCUAGCGGUUAGAAUAAAUUUACUCUGACUAAACAGAAAGGGCACUGCAAUUUUUUAAGUAACUGCCAUGAAAAUCCCUCCAAUGAAACCUCAUUUUCUCAAACCAAUUCAGCCAGGGUUCAAGCAUGGUCUUAAAAUUCCUAUAGGUUUCUUGAAGUAUCUGAAGGGACACGAGCAUAUUAAACGUGCAGUACUGAGAAGGGCUGGUAAGAAGUGGCUGGUGAAGCUGAAUGGACAGCGAUUCAAAGAGGGUUGGGAAAAGUUCGCGAAGGAGCAUGAUCUGCAAUUGGGAGAUAUGUUGGUGUUCAGACACGAAGGAAACAUGGAGUUUGAGGUUACCAUCUUUGAUUCAAGUCAUUGUGACAGAGAAUAUGCAGAGUAUUUGCAAGAAGAAAAAGAAGCCCAUACUGUUGAAGAGACUUCCAAGAAAUUUGAAUUCAAAGACAAACCAAACCCCAGCAUCAUGUCAAAAAGAAAGGCUUUUCCCAAGGAAGAAUCUGCUGCUCACAGCUCUUUCGGUCAAUCUCAUUUUAAGUGCCCUGUCAGAUCAUAUUUCCUUUCAAAGGGUUACUUGCGCCUUCCUAAAAAAUUUGCAACGGCAAAUAGUCUCAUCAACAAGAAAAGUGUGAUUAUCAGAGAUGGAAGACAAAGAUCAUGGAACUUGAGACUAGCUACCCACAAUUCUAUAGUCCAUGUAGGUGGAGUGGGUGAAUUUUGCAUUGCGAAUGACUUAAAGGAAGGAGAUUAUAUGAGUUUUGAGGUUGUUGCUAAUGGAGAAAAACCAAUAUGGAAAUUUCACGGUAAGUUUUCUCAAUUUAAGCAACCUCUUUUUUUUCAAUAAUCUGUUUACUUUGUUAGAUACACCAUGACACUAUAUUGCAUCUUCAACAAAAUUAUUACUUUAUUAGUGUUUGAUUCUCCAUACUGUAAAACAUGUUCUUCAUGAAUGACCUAA